AUGUUAUCGUCGGAAAAUAUGGAGACAAGUUCGGUUGUUUUACCCACGAAUAUAACAGGCAACUUUUCUACAACGGCACCUCCUACGAAUGGGACAGGUGAGUUAGAUGUUAUUUCAUUAUUUUCUGAUGUUGUUAUCUAGCAAAUUAUAUUAAUGAGAAUGUGCAUCAUGAUUAUGAUCAAAUGUGCGCAUAAAAUACGGCCUUAAAACUUCAACCAUUAGAUUUUAAACUCUCAAUGAAAACCAUCUAGGAAUGUUUUGAUUUAAAGCUAAUUUUGCACUUUCGUCAUCCUAGUACAAUUGCUAUAUGACAGGGAACUUUAAUUCCGCUAAUCUCUUUAGCAUCGUUAACUACAAUUAAGGCGAUUUUUCAAACUCGUUUUAAAGGCUGUUAGGCAGCAGUUUUCUCUUUAAAAAAAUUAAAGCAGGUAUUUGGUAGAGACGAAAAAUGGUUUGAAAUACUUAUAAUGUAUUACUUGUAAGUCAUAAUUUUACGAUCAAGUUUUCGAGCACGCGAGGACAAACAGUCUGGCAAAUUGACGUCAUCUUGUAAUUCUCCACAAGUUUUGAAAUUGUUUCCUUUUUCGCUUUGAAAUAACGAAAAUAUAUAGCGUUAGACUUUAAAUGAAAAGUUUUGGUUUCUACAUUUUUUAACAAUAUCGAAGAUAUAUAUAUAUUUCCUUGGGAACUCUUCAGAAGGUGAAUUCUAAUUAUAUCGAGUUUGCGCACACAGCGUUAAUUAUAAUUGUUGAGAAUUACAAUGGAAUAACAGAUCUCCGUUGGCAAACAUAACUUAAGACUUAACAUCAUUGGUUAAAUUGAUAUUUUCAUUAUAUUUGUCUCCAAGGAAAAGUGAGCCUAAUUAAAAAUCCCUUAAAAUAUCCAAGCGUUUUCUUUUUCUUCAGAAAACAGCAAUCAUCAUUAUAUUGCUAAAAUAUUUCAAUUAAACGCAUCUAUCAAUUUGCUCAAUAUGUUUGCAGAGACUUCUCCUUUUUUUCUGAUGUCUGUCGAUAACAUUAUCUCCACCGCGUGUUUAAAGAUAUUUUGUUAAUUAAUUGAGGAUUCGCGAAGCUGAAUUCUUGCUAUGGAUUACUUCCAAUUUUUCUUACUUUCAAAUAUAGUUGCAGCUCCAAAUUUAUCCGUUGCGGUUUAUUUCUUUUGAUUUUUGUCAGAAAAAUUUUAAACGAGUUUUUCUUUCAGAUCAUAAUGAGUCAGAAACAAUAAGAAAUAAAAUUUAAAUAUAUAUGAUAUUUUUAAUACUAUGAAAAAAGAGAAGAAAUGUAGAAGACGGGGGGAUUAAUCUGUUAAUUCAUAACACUUUCCAAUUUUCGUUUUUCUUUUUGCUUUGUUUGAUGAAGCUUUGCUACCUUAUCAGCGACUAAAGUCAUCAAAUUAUUGUGUUACGAAGUCGAACAUAUGUUGUCCGUUGCACGCGAUAGUUUGUCGUAAUUACUUUGUUCAUAAUGAUAUUAAAAAAGUGACGGAACGGUAGAGUAUGCGGCUUAUCUUCAGUCACGUUUGUUUACCCUUACAUGCAAGCUGUCUACAGUACCGUCCCAGAGCGACUUUGGGUAAAAUUCUCUGUCUUUCUGUGAGGCCACACUAGGGCCAUUUAUACGGGGAAAAAUAAGACGCGUCUUACAUAAGACGCAAACUGUACCAUUUAUACGAGCAUGUCUUAUCUUAGACAAGAACAGCUCGUGGGCGCGAUCAAUUCAACCAAAAUUCCAACCGGUCCGACCUGGAAAAGUGGUCCACCUCAAAAGGUGGACCCGGUUUUUCGAAACUUUUCGGUUGGACCGAACCGAUCAUUGAGUUUUGGACCAAAAUUUCCGGAAAUUUUGGUCGAAUGGAUCGCGCCCCGUAUAAAUGGUUCGCGUCAUGUUGCCCGUAGCAACGGCAAUCCAGCAUGGCGCGCUAAAAAUUUACGCAUGCGUACUUUGCGUUCGCGUCUUAUGUAAAACGCGAAGGUCAUUUAUACGAAGUUUUUCUCGUCUUAGCUAAGACGCGUCUUAUCUAAGAACAGGUGUUAAGGGCUGUUCUAAAAUAAGACUUGUCUUAGCUAAGCCGCGUCUUAUUUUAGACAAAAUGUGCUGUUUAUACGGAAAGUUCGCGUCUUAUUUAAAAGACACGUCCUAUUUUUCCUCGUAUAAAUGGCCCUACAGUGGCUUAAACUUUGGAGUCCAUGGAUGGAAUAUACUUUAGAACGUAAUGACUGAGACUACGCAACUGAAAGCUACUGAGUAGUACUUUUAGACUCCGUCCACACGUAGCCGGAUAUCUUGGAAUCCGCAACUUUUUCUUUGCGGAUACGGCUUCCGUCCGCACGUAUCCGGUGAAUCCGGCAUACGAAUUCGAAACUUCUUGAAUCCGCUCUCCUGAGUGGAAAUUUGUGAAUAAAUGCAUGAUACGCAUAGCCCUUUGGUAAAUGCUCUGGAUCUUUUAAGCCAGAAAUUAAGACAUGUUUUGUUAUACGGGGUCAACGUACUCUAAAAUUGGGCGAGCAGCAGUUACAAAUAACUUAGCUAAUAAAAUUGGUGGAGUACCACACUGCUUAAGAACACACAGAGAGAAUAGCCUGUUGUAUAGCAUACAUGAUGGGUCCGCUUCAGAUCAUUACUAAUACAAACUCCAAGCAGUUUUUACACUACAACCCUUUCGGUUGUAUUGCCACACCAAAGGAUAUAGGAUUAAUAAUAAAUUAAAGUUUUGAUUGAUCGUUAACCAUGAUUAAUUAUCUUCUCUUUACAUUUUACAUCUUUUUGGAUUUUAUCGGACUCAGUUUCAUUCAGGGUGCUCCUAAAAAAAGCGUGGAUAUUAUUAGUAGGAAAGUCAAGUAAGCUAAUACCAUUUCAGGGAUUAUUUCAAAGGCAGUUGUAUCAUCAACAAAUUUAAUUUUAAGGUUCUAAGAAGGCAGUGAAUUAUUUGUCAUGAUGAUAAACAAGAUGACGCCUAUUUUUGAGCCUUGUGGUAUAUCUCCCUUGGGCGAUUUCCACCUCAGAGAUGGUGUUCCCUAACCUCACUGCCUGGGUCAUACUUCUCAAAAACGCUUAAAUCCAGUUCACUUACAUGUUCACUGUAGCAGGGUGAGCCUGAUGUGAGCCGGAUCAGUUGAGGUUUCUGGGAAACUGUCCACCUACCCCUCUCCUAAAUCACAAUUUUGCUUUAAGUGAGAAGUAGGUAUCAAGGUUGGCUUAGGAGGGGAGGUGUAGGUGGGAGCUACAUUUACUCUUCUUUAUUGCAGUCUUCAACAAGUACGCGGGCGAAGCCAUCGCCUUCGUAACCGGAAGUAAAGCUGGAAUGGUUGUAGGAAUCAUUAUUGCUAUUGUUAUCGUCAUAAUAAUAGUACUGUGUGUCCGGCAAGCAGUUAAAGGGCUCCAAGAUGCUAAAGAGAGAGCCAUGUCAAAGCUUGGAGCCUUAAUGAAAAGAGAUGAAUCUGUGGAACUUCUUGAUGCUACUCCCGAUACGGAGUUGGAAGCGGUUCAACCUGCAUCUUCUGAUAAAAAGAAACUGGUAAGAGAUUUGCUUUGGUCUGACCAGCUCCUUACGCAUGCGCAGAGCAAUAUUAACUCGCAAUUCGCCACUUAAGAAACGAGAAGAGAACUGGAGACGAAACGUGUCUCGCAAUUGCUUCUGGGAUUGUUACUGGGGACGCGUUCGUCAUCUAUUGGCCAAAAGUCCCAGAAGUCUUUGCGAAAGUUAACUCGACCCAGUUUUUUCUCGUUGCUAUCACACAGUGUUUGCCGAGAAUAAGAUUUCUGAAAAAAUAACAGGGCGAGCGGGUAGAGAAAGUGGGAGAAACGUAGUUUCUAAGUAGACAACGUCUGCUGUUGGUUUUUUUAGUAAAAGGAAAGCGGUGUAUUUGCAAAGAGGUCUUUUACAAACACGGGCAAGUAGGAGAAAUUUAUGGUAUUUUGUUUCUUGCAGGAAAAUCUUGGAAACAUUAAAUUUUCACUUGCGUACGACGAAGAACGGUAAGAAUUGACAAAUUAAGAAAAGCGCUUAAUCGAUCGUUCUUCAGUCUUUUUUACAAUUUUCACCACACCAGUCCAGUAGUAACACCAAUUUUAAAUUUAUCUCCUUGAGAUAAGUGGAAGAUUAUUUUGCUAUAAUUAAAUGGAGGUCUCCGUCGAGAUCCUAUCCAUCCUUCUGAGCUAUUCUUCUGAAAGUUUAAAACUGUUGUUAAAUGUUUCCCUUACGCAUUUUUGAAAGGGCUCAAAUUUCCUGUUAUGAAUUAAAAGAAGAUUUGAGCUACUUAAUGCUUCGCGACAGUUUGAAAAUUUCAAAAUUUACAAGAAUUUGUAUGGAAAACCAUUUAAGCGUAACUGGGCGGCAAAAGUGAUUUUUCUCAUACAAGUCCUUCUAAUUUUCAGCGGCCGUUGCAAUCGCUGCUUUGGGAUAUAUGGCUAGAAAUUUACAGAUUACCUGAUUUUAACAUCCUCUUUCAGCUCGCGUUAACAAACUUUUUUAAAAGCGAACUGUUUUCAUGUUUACCGAAAGUGGAUCACGUGGUCAACUAAUGCAGAAGGCCUAUUAUAUUAAUAGACGAAUUGAGAGAUACUGGUAGUUAAUAAUAACAGGUUACAACACUGGGUUACUCUUUUAUGGUCAUGGUCAUGCAAAUAGUCACAAAAUAAAGCUUGUUUCUCUUUUUCAGUUCUGAGCUACGAGUAAAAGUUUAUCAUUGCGAUGGUCUGCCAAUGAAAUUCGUCGGAGGAACCGUGUAUACGUACGUUGAGGUAGAAAUGUUUCCUUUUCACCGGAUGACACCCGAAAAACCGCGAACAAAAUACAUAAGAAACGAGUUCAGCCCUGUUUUCAACGAUGAAGUCUGCAUCACAAUCAAUAAGGAGGAGGUCGAUGACCAAAAAAUGUACCUUCAUGUCUGCGACUACAAUCAGAUUUCUACGCGAGAUCUGAUUGGCUCAUGCAAAAUUGAACUUGAUGAUGUUAGUUUCAAGGCAAAAGGCAAGGAGACUGUGUACGAGGAAACGCUGAGAUGGAUCGAUUCGGUAAGUAACUCACGAACCUGGAUUUGAUCGAAACAGAGUAAGGCUUGGGCUGACUUUUAACCUAUUCGUCUCGAACAAGUUUGCCAAAGAACGCCAUCUGAAGCUAGUUGUGGUGUAUUCUGGAACACGAUUUUAUUUUGGAAUUUCUGGUCUACUUAGAAGUUGUUUUUGCCCCUUUUCUUUAGCCUGUUUGAUUGUAAUGUGCUCAUUCAGGUAUGUUUUGCCACCUGCACAUGACACAGAUGGCAGGCCAGUGUUGUUGAUAAAUAGAACGCAGUCUCGUUUCCAGGGUUCUCUCUCUUGAAUUAUAAUAACUUUUCGUUUCUUUAUCAAAUCCCCUGAGUAAGGAUCGCUUGUCCGUCUGAAAUAUCGGGAAACCUCAAGUCGCUUUUGUCGUUGCUGUUUUGUUGUUAAUGCUUAUAUUUUUGUCUUGAAUAAAACAACAGGAUUUGGAUGUCGACAUUUAUAUAAAGGGUUCCUCACUCUUGCCUCGAGAAAACAAGAGAAAGAACCCUGGAAACGAGGUUGACUAUAGAGCGGUGCUUAGCCUCCCUAUACUCGGCCUUAUAAUGCUGCGACUUGCGACCGUAGGUUUCUGAUCUUGCAAUGGUGUUUUAUUCAAAUUGAAUUGAAUGUUGUUGUGCUUGAUCCUUCCCGUAUUCGGCUUCGUUCUUUAACAAAUUAACGCUUGUCAAUAGACUCUUUAGCUCACAAAUGUUGCCUUUUCUCAGGUUCGUGGUGCGGAGCGUGGGGAUAUCAAAAUUUCCAUGCAGUACUAUGAAGGUGAAAGUCAGUUGAUUGUUAAAGUACUGGAAUGCAAAAGCUUAAAACCUUUCCCAGGACGCGUGUCGUGCAGUAAGUAUUACGGAAAUACGUAAUUUGUGCCCUUAUUUUGUCUUCUUACUACGAAAGUGUGAAAAUCUAAACUUUUAAGACUUUUAAGUCUUUGUACAGAGAGGCUCUGUGUCAUGUGUCAUCUUUAACAGAAAAGGUACCCUUCUCUUAUACCUUGGUAUACCAACAAUCCUGGGCAAAAUAGAUGAAAAUUUUAGACCCCACUCCCCCAGAUCAAGAAUGGGGAAAUGGCGCGUUUUGCCUUUCGCGUGCCUUCAUCCUUGUUUUUUUUUGGGGGGGGAGGGAGGGAGGGAGGGGGUUGCUUUUCCAUUUUAUUCUGUUCAAGACUGUAGUUACAGAAGACCGUAGAACGAUGCUUUCUGGCCUUUUAACUGCUGUAGAUGCACCCUUUUUUUAAUCUGAAAAAAUUAACAAAACCAGGAGGAUUUCUUGUCUUUUUCACAGCAGAUUUGUAUGUAGGGUCUUUAAGGUCCUUUCAUGACAGACCGAAAUGACAGAUUUCCCUACCCUUUCAUAUACUUCUGCUAGUGAAAUCCCUUCCCUUUACAUAUCUGAAGCCUGAAAAUGGUACCCCUUCCGGGCGGUUCCUCCCCGUAUAGGCCAUUGUAGCAGGGCCCCUAGCGCUUUUCCCUUACAAAAUGGGAGGGGCGAAGCCCUGAAGACUAGAUUGACGGGGGUAUCUAACCCAUAGACCAGUAGGCCCGGGCCUUCCAAUGUUUCGUUUGCACUCUACCACUUGUAAUAAAUGGUACGUUGUUGGGGCGAGCUAAAAGAGUUAUAGAUCAAAGUGUUGGGGAUGUCAGCGCGUACUGGUCGUACGUACAAUCAAGACUUUUUCAGGAUAUGUGGAAAUGAAAGUCAGCCAGGCCUAUAACAAGUCGAUAAGCUGGCUACGCCCCCUGGUGAUAGGGAGUACCCCGGGUCAAUAGCAUCGCAUGGCACUGACUCUUGUUACUUAGCUUACAAAUGAAUAUUAACUGCAAAUUAAUAUGCCGUAGAGUGUAGGAUCUAAUAUCAAGAAGGGGCCAGAUCAGCAAAAGUAUACCCAGUAAACACACGUGUUUGCUUAGCUAACAAGCCUGAGGAUGUUUCAAUGAUUGAUUCUAACGAUUUUUUUUUCCGCCUUGAAAUGGUUUGCGUCUUUGUAGAAGUGAAACUGAACCAUUUCCUUUUCUUCUUUUUUUUUUGCAGAUUCCUACGUAACAUUGAACCUCGUGCGAGGUUCGAAAGUCUUAACAACCAAGAAAACGAAAGUGGUAAAGAAAAAUUUAGAGCCCAAAUUUGAAAACGAAUUUACGUUUAUUGUGGAGGAACAUCUCUUAGAUGAGGUCAAUCUGGUAAUACACGUCAAAGACAAGCCACUGAUUGGACGAAAGCGUCUGAUUGGUGAACUUUGUAUUGGUUGCCAAGGAGUCGGGCAAAGUCUCGCUCAGUGGAAACUUAUGGUAAACAAAGAAGUAACCAUGUGGCAUCAACUGGAGCUUCUGAACAUUGUUCCUGGUAAAACAGAUCUUCAGACUACGAUAAAGGGAUGUUUACGGGACUUUUACCCGGGGGUUUAUUUUCCUCCGAUAGCAGUGUCCCUCAAAAGAAACCAAAGAAGGAGAAAGUGUCAAAGAGGCAGUCAAAACUUUAACGACUUCUGUAACUUCCUUUCACCACAGCCAGGCCUUAUGAUAGCACACUUUUACUCGAUGAAAUUUUUAUUCAUCCCCUAA